AUGAACUGUACUUAUAAUUAUUGAAUUUGUUUCAAAUGUUCUUCAGUUCCAAAUCUAGCAAUAACUUUUAGAAAAUAAGAUUAAUUGUUAAAAUAAGAUAGACCUAAGAGAUUAUAAAAAUUUGAACCCCUGAAAUUUGAUCAAUUAUAUUACAUCCUUGAAAUCUAUUUUUUUACAGAGAUCAAUUACAUGAUCUAAUCAUUUAAUUAUAGUCUGAAAAUCAAUUAAAUAAAAUAGAUAACUUAACUUAAUCUUUAUUUUCAUAUGAUAAAAAUUACUUUAGAAAACUUUAUUCAAUAGACCAAUUGGCAAUCUAAUUUCUAAAUAAUCAUGUUCAAAUGGAAUCAUUAUUAAACACAUUUUUCAACCGUAGAAACUUUUCCACAAAAUUCUUAUCCUUAAUUAAAUACUAUGUAAGUUCUACAAUAAUGUGUAUGA